CCGUACUCAAUUAAAUUAAUUAUCUCUCUAAUCUAAUCUCCUCUCUCUAUUUUCUCCGAUUAUCCCGAGAAAAUCUUCCACCGAGAAAAUCUCUCUCUCACUCUACCCACCGACUUAUUUCCUAAAUAAAUAUAUAUAAAAGGGCGAGAGACACAACUAUAGAUGGAUCAUCGGAGAACCGCGAGUCCGGUGUACUCGCGGCAGUGGAGUGGUGGAAGCAGCACGGGGUCCUCUUCUCCUGCUAUGUCACCGGCUCACCCUCACUCGCGCCUCCAGCCUGGAGCAGCUGGCGGCUUCUCCACCAUCAAGCGAACCCAAAACGUUGCUGCUAAAGCUGCAGCCCAGCGCCUGGCUCAGGUCAUGGCGUCGCAGUCCGCCAACGCCGAUGAUGAUGAUGAAGACGACGAUCUGGGGUUUCGAUACCCGCCAACUGCUAAGCCUAUGUCAUUCAACAAUAAUUCGGGUUCCAACUCCGCUGCUGUUCCGGCGAUGGCUUUUUCUCGGCCUAAUAGAUCUCCCUCUCCUGCGUUAGGUCGGAACUUUGUAGAUCAUACUCCGUCUGUACGGUCCACUUCGGCUGGAAGACCGUCUGUUUCACUUCGUUCAACAACUGUAGUACCACCAACCAGAUCCUCAUUAAGAACUCCAAUGUCCAUACCUCCUAUUGACCCUCCUACUAAUAGGAGCAGAGAUAAUAAAAGGUUUUCAACAGAUAUUGGACAGAUGAACUUAAAAAAUCCUGCAGAAGAGCGUGAAGCUUCAGCACUUCGAGAUGAACUUGAUAUGCUACAAGAAGAUAAUGAAAUUAUACUUAAUAAGCUUCGUACUGCAGAAGAAAGACGUGAGCAAGCAGAGGCAAGAGCUAGGGAGCUUGAAAAACAGGUUGCUUCUUUAGGAGAAGGUGUAUCACUGGAAGCAAAAUUAUUAAGCAGGAAGGAAGCAGCUUUGCGCCAAAGAGAGGCUGCUCUGAAUGCUGCGAAACAAACAAAGGAUGGUAGAAAUGAUGAAAUUGCAGCCCUUCGUUCAGAUAUUGAGAAUUUAAAAGAAGAAGCUUCAACAACUGUGGAACAACUUCGAGAAGCAGAAUCUGAGGCAAAGUCACUUCGCACAAUGACACAGAGAAUGAUUUUGACUCAAGAAGAGAUGGAGGAGGUUGUUCUGAAGAGAUGUUGGCUUGCUCGCUACUGGGGCUUAGCUGUACAACAUGGCAUAUGUGCAGAUAUAGCUGUGUCAAAGCAUGAACACUGGUCCUCCCUUGCUCCUCUUCCAUUUGAAAUUGUCAUUUCCGCUGGUCAAAAAGCUAAGGAGGUGUCCCGGAAUGCAGGUGGUGAUGAUUCAGAUCGGAGCAAGCCUGUUCGAGAUUUAAGUGAUCUUACCGGGGAAGGAAAUAUUGAGAGCAUGCUUUCGGUUGAAAUGGGUCUAAGAGAACUAGCAUCUUUAAAGGUUGAGGAUGCCGUUGUGCUCGCUUUGUCACUGCUGCGCCGUCCAAAUUCCAUUCGACAGUUGGGAAUAGAUUCCAAAGCACCUGGUGAACCCAAGUUUUUGGAGGCUUAUGAUAUAAGUGAAGAGGAGGCAGAAGAUGUUCUUUUUAAAGAGGCCUGGCUUACUUACUUUUGGAGAAGAGCUAAAGAACAUGGCGUGGAAGAAGAUAUUGCGGAAGAAAGGCUACAGUUUUGGAUCAGUCGUAGUGGGCACUCACCAACUUCGCAUGAUGCUGUGGAUGUUGAGCGUGGUCUAUUGGAGCUGAGAAAGUUGGGGAUAGAACAGCAACUUUGGGAAGCAUCUCGUAAGGAGAUUGAUUUGGCCUCUCCUCUUUUCCCAGUUGCUAAUCACAAAAACCAAACAGACUCUGAGAUUUCCUCGUGAUAAAAAAUUAAGGUACCCAACCACAAGUCCAUAACAGGCUGCUGCAUGUGCUGUCAAUUCAAUUUUUUGGGUCUUUUCUUCGCUCUCUACUUUUGUCUCAUAAUUUUUUCUUCACAUAAAAUUUGUAGUGCUGCUCGAACUGGUUUUUCUCAUGCUGCAUGCCUUGUGGCAUCAUCAUAUUCAUUGUUAUAUAUAAUAGAGUUGCUCUAUCGCUCUAAAACUUUUGGUAAAUUUGUAAUUUAUUGCAGUGAGCGUUUUGGAUUGACGUAAAGCUUGUAGAUCCAUUAUUUUAUUAAAUUGAGUUUUAUGUUUCUAAUAAGUUUGUUGAUUA